AGGAUCAUUAACCACUUGAAAUGAUGAAGAAUUGGAUGGCUUAAAUAUUGAUGCUCCAUUAAACAGAGGAGAUGGUUUUGCUUCUGAAUCACGCGACCAUGGCCCAGUCCCAUAGGAAAUUAGCCAUAGUGUAACCAUCACUAUCCUUGUGGGAAAGGCAUGCACCGAGCGCUAUGCCACCACACUCAAUGACAAAGUUUAGCUGCUACUAAACUGUCCGUAGAUGGGUACCAAGGAUCUUAGGAAGUACCAAGUUAUCGAUAUAAGUACGAGGGUGAUCAAAGAUACUAGACAUUGGACAAUCAAUUUGGACUUGGGAUAGAUCGGCUCCCAUGUCAUUACAUUCGACAAAGGAGUUAUCUCUUACAUGUCCAGCAAACUGAUUGUAUGACGUUAGGACUUUGGAAAGGGAUUUUUCAAGAAUUCGGGAUAUGUUCUUUGGUUCUGGCAUGCUUGUCGUGGUGUCCUGUUUCAGGUAGAAUAACAUAGCUUCCAUGUAGGAGUGAGUCCCCAUUUGAUCCAUAAGUGAGAGCUUGUGAAUUCUAUGUGAAAGUGGAGUUGGAGAAGAAGGUUUUAUAAUCUUUUUUGAAAGUAAAACAAGUUGUUUGGAAGCAGACAUUUCUAGUUGAAUGAAAACAAAUGGUUUCUUUUAGCUGCAGGGCACUUCUUGGUGUAUAGUACUCUCAUAUCUAACUCAUGAUGGUUAUAUAAUAGCUUUGAAAUUGACAAGCUAAAGGUGUGGCCUAAUAAUAGACAAAAGGCGCGCGCAAGCAAAAGAAGAACAAAAAAGAGGGGCCUCUGGCUUAUUAAGAAGCAUAUAAACGUGAUUUAUCCCCCUCUAAUCAAGACCACGAUGAGUAGAGUUGUUCGAUAUAUGUGUCGAUGGAGGUAAUGUAUCCAGUGGAAUAGUCGAAGUACAUACAAACCGUGUAGUAUCAAUCAUGAAAAGGAAAAACUUGUAUGAAGUAUGGUUAUGUCAUAAACAUGAUUAAUGAUGGGAACAAAUCUAUUGUUUCAAGCAAUUUGAAAGAUUAUUUAAUUUGAGUGAAAUCUAUUCUUCAAUGUUUGGUUGUGCACAAUUAAUACUUAUACAAUCCGAACACCUGCCUUUACUUACAUGUGAAUAAAAAUAGAGUAGAAUAUAUUUGAUUAAUUUAUUGAGGGAGUGAAAUGCUAUUUCUCAAACAUUUGGGCAUCCAAGUAUAAUAAUUAGGAGUACAAAGGCGGGAAAUUCUUGUAGAAAAAUGGCGCUACAGCAAAAAUUUCCAUUUGAAAUUUACAGGUGAAAGGCGAAAAAAGGCUGAGGGGAAAUCGAAGAAAUUGAAGCUAUGCAAUCGAAGAUUAACAGUUUUUUUAAGCCAUUUUCUUCUUCAAUAUCGAUUACGCACAAGAAUGUAGAUUCAUCUGAUAUUUGCAGUGAUGAGUUUGAUUAUAAAAAGGUACAACCAGAAAUUUUGGUUACAUACAAGAGAAGAUGUCAAAAUUCAAAUGGGCAAAUGAAUGUUGCAUCAACUGGUGAAGCAUCCAAGGAAAUAAACUUGGAGGUGCCAAGCUUGGAGGUGGGAAAGUAUGGGAAAAUUCUGAAUAAGAAGAGAAAGUACGCCCAAUUCUAUUUGGAACUUGGUCAGUCUGAUUUUUUAUUGCAUACUUGUACUGUCUGUGGAUUCAAAUAUGCCAAAGGUGAUGAAGAGGAUGAAAAAUUUCAUAAGACAUUUCACAAGAAUUAUACGCAUGGUAUUCCAUUUAAGGGUUGGCGGACUGAAAGAAUUCUUCGAAUUCCUACACUUGAAAUUGGACGAAUUAUCUUGGUGCUGGAAGAUGACCCUACUCCUCAGAGAAACAAGGUAAUGGAAGUUGUGAAGAUGAUGGAGAUGGAACUUGGAGAUGGGUGGAUAUAUCAUCAGCUAUGCAAGGUGUAUCUGUUUGUAUCUUCUCAAAGAAUAUCUGGAUGUCUGGUAGCAGAGCCCAUUAAGAGGGCAUAUAAGAUUCUCUCAAGACCAGAAGGCAGCAGGUGUAAUGUUUCACCAGAGAAGGAAGCAAAACAGACUUCAACCACGCUCCAAUUUGGGGGAGUGAGUUUCCAGAGGGAAAUGGUAAGAAGAAAUCAAUCAACCAAAAGCUGUGAAGAGUCUGAUGAAAGCGACAGUGGAGUAGUGUUGUGUGAGAAGGAAGCUGUAUCUGCUUUAUGUGGCAUUAGAGCCAUUUGGGUCACUCCCUCCAACAGAAGAAAGCAUAUUGCCAGCUAUUUACUUGAUGCUGCUAGGGAAAGUUUUUGCAAGGAUUUGGUUCUUAAACGCUCAGAGUUAGCCUAUUCUCAGCCCACCUCAGCUGGAAAGGCCUUCAUCUCCAGUUAUACAAGGAGUCAGUCAUUCUUGGUUUAUACAACUUCUGAUUUGAAGUAAUGAAAUUCCCUAACAAAUCCUCCCUCAAAGUAGACACGAGGAAAGAACUACGACUCUGCAAUAAAGAUUGAUGUAAAGACGGGGCUUUUGGCAGCAAUAGAAGCUUUCUUCUUUCUCUUUUUCGCAGAAGACAGCAUCAGCGACAGUCACAGGAGCAAGAUGUUUCUUCUCAGCCUUUCCUGGAGAUAAAGAAGCAACUGCAGAAAAUUGAAAUCUGCCUGUUACGACUUUUAACUGCGCUCCAUAGGGAUCUUGCUUGGGGGUAACCCAGUAGUGAAAGUACUGGUUUGGAUGACCUUCAGAGUGUAUGCUUCUUGCUUCAAUGCAGUUCAGUUGCAACCUUUGUCUACAUUAGCAUAUUUAUGCAAAAUCAUAAUACUUUUAUGCUUGAUGUGCAUUGCAUGAAGUAAAAUAAUUUGGUUAUCGUCUCUAUCUUCAUGAGGUCGGAUAAGAUCUGCAUACACUCUACCUUCCUCAGACCUCACUUAUUGGAUUUCAUUGAGUAUGUUGUUAUCACACAUUAAAGAUUGAUAUUUAUUUAUAGAAGAGAAUUUUUAAUGAUUGAUGCUCUA